CUUCAUGUGUAGUAUCUGUAUUGUUAUAGCACAUCGAAAAGUGUUUGUGGAAGAUGUCAAGAAUGUGACCAACGAAGUGUUGUUAAUGUUAUGAGCUUGGUAGAAAGAAUGAUAACUAAGUUUGGUGCUAGUUGUGCCUAUGGUCUAGGUGUGCUGUAUCUUUUCAAUAUAAUUGUCGUUGGGGAUACCCAGUUGCUUAUUAAUGUAAAAAAUCAGGGUGGCGACGUUUUGCAGGAAACAAUUUCAGCAAAUGUAUCAGAAGACAUAGUAAUAUUAGAAUUCCAGCGCUCUGAUGGAACACUUGUGACACAACUUGUUGACUUCAGGAAUGAUGUACAAGUACUGAAGGCACUUGUAUUGGGUGAAGAAGAACGUGGCCAAAGUCAGUAUCAGGUUAUGUGCUUUGUCAGACAUUUUCACAAGGGAGACUUUAUAUCAGCAGAUGCAAUGGCUAAGCUUCGCCAGAAGAAUCCAGGCACUGUAAGGACACCAGAAGAAGACAGGGGACGCGAGAAUUUCACAAUGGAUUUGAUUGUUGAUGUGAACAAGAGUGGUGCCAUAUCACAUCAUAUUGCAGCUAUGUGUGGAGAAGCAUCUGAUGCUACAUAUACCAGAGAGCAAGAUUUGCAACUAUGGGCAGCACGUCCAGGUGCAUCACUGUCGGCACUGCUUGCCUCUGUCUCUAGGUCACCACCUGACGGGGGAUCACAGGCAGGACCUGUUCCCCGCUGCCUCGAAACUGCGGACCCUUGGCAUGCUUGCACUUGUAAUCUGGAGCUUUGUGUUGGGUGGUACCCUUGUGGUCUGAAGUAUUGCAAGGGCAAGGAUAGGGCAGCAGCCCUGCCUGGAGGUGGAUAUCGCUGUGGCAUUAAGACUUGUCGAAAGUGCAGUCUUCUCUCUUAUUAUGUGCGACACAAACAGCUCUGCCUCUGGGAUGAAUGACCCAGGCCUGUUGCUGGCUGGGCCGGCACCUAGGAGCUGGGUCCCAACAACUGAGCGUGUAACGAAUGCAGAAUGCACAUUGAGUAGUUAUUGGUGAUACACUAUUUUGAGUAAACUGCUCAACAACAAAAGUGUGAUGUUCACCUGAGCAAGCCAUGCU